AUGUGGACUGACAGCAUUGCUCAAGAUGGAAACUCACAGGCCAGUAAGAUUGCAGGCCGCAGGAAGAGAACCUGCUUCACCAAAGAGCAUUUGGAGCUUCUAAAAAUGGCUUUCAACGUGGAUCCCUACCCUGGUAUUAGUGUCAGGGAAAGUCUAUCUCAAGCCACAGGCCUUCCAGAGUCACGUAUUCAGGUAUGGUUCCAGAACAAGAGGGCAAGGACCCUAAAGAACAGAGCCACUCGGACCUCACCACAGCUGGAUAGUACCUCUCCUCUGCCGAGUCCUUUUCUACCUCCUCACAUGGCUAGCGUUGGUGCCGCUGGCCAACAGAGAGGCAUUCAAGAGGCGUCCUUCAACAUUCAGAUGGUUCAAACAUCUCCACAGCACUUUACCUUUCCUCCAACUGACUACAGCACACCUGCCAUUAAGCCACGGCAAAACAGACUGAUGGGAACCAGCUCUUGUUCCCCUUCUCUUCCCUCUGAUCUGCAAGCUGUGGCAGACAGCUGGAGCUCUGGAGGAAGCAUACAAUCCUCUCCUGAGUCUACAUGGAAUGUACCAGCGCAGAGUUUUGGGAAUUCCUACAAGGAUGAGAGCCAUUUUUUCCUCUACCCACCACCUCCUUACCCCCAUGGAAGCGCCAGAGUUGGGUGUGUUAGUGGCCUGGAGUCACUUCCCACCUCUCCUGCCUCUUCUGAUUCUGCAUUUUGGGACAUGGGACUUGAAAACUGCUCUCCAUCUGUGCCAUACACCGACUGUGGCAGCCCAUGGGACAAGCUCGCUGAGGAACAGCCUGUGGCCCCACUUCCAGAUCUGUCCUCUCAGUAUUUAGAGGAUGUCCUUGGAGAAAUGGAGCCAGCCUGGUGGAACUUCAAUGGCCAGAUGGAUCUACAGUAAUCUUGCAAACAUCCAUAACCUAAGGAGACAAAUACUGCUUUAACAUGGGGUUUAACUUGAGGAUUCUUUCGUUUGGACUGUGUUAUAUAGGAAGCAUGGUAUUGUGAAAGUGCCGGUUACAGAGCAAUAUCAGAUAUCCACAUUGGACUUUUUUAUUUAAUGGACUUUAUUUAUUUAUAUUUUCUACCAAGGAGUAGAUUCAAAACAGUAGCCUAUGGUUGCACGAGAAAGUAAUUUAGAACUUAUUUA